CGUACCACAGACCACAAACAUUGUCCGUACUAUUUAAUCUUUUGUAGGUUAUAAUUUUAAAUUUAAGCACACUUUUUUAAAAUAUAUUGGAAAAUGAAACUAGAAGAAACUAAUAACUCUCAGUCCCAAGACAGCAUUGUCUAUAGUUCCCAAAACAUCUCUACGAAAAGGAAAAAGAGUAGAAGUUUAGAUAAAAUCAUGAACAGGCUUAAACAAGAUAGUAAGCAUAAUGGUGAUGAUUUCAGUUUUCGACAAAGUGAUUUAGAAGAAAGAAAUAAAACUAAUAUUAAUACUCGUUGUUCUGGCAGUAUUUCAAACACUCCAGUUUCUUCACGUACAUCAGAAACUGAAUAUACAAGUUCUAGUAAUGUUAGAGAUUUUUCUCCUGGUAAGAAGAGAAAAAUGUUAGAGGUAGUUGAAUGGGGUAUAGAUCCAAAGAAGAAGAAAGUUACAGAUUCAGUUGGGUUUAAUCACUUUACAAAUGAUCAUUCUGAAAGAGGAUUUAGUUCUACACCAGUAACACAAUCUGAAUUAAAAGGAAAAGUGGGGUCAGCAGAUAGUUUUAGUGAAGAAGGUGCAACUUUACAUAAGCAUAAAAAACACUUUCAUAGCUUAAAUAUGAAUAAUUCAAUAGAUAAGCAAUGUGAAAAUAAAUACAAUGUUUUAGAGGGUGGAUUUGAAACAGAUAAAUUGAGCCAUAGUAAAAAUAAAAAUGAAAUAGUAUUUCUACAAGAAAUUAAAGCAAAAAAGAAAAAAAUUCAAGACAAUCAUGAUCUGAAUUUCAAUUUUAAUGAUAUAUUGAGUAUAAAGUCAGAUUCUGCCGAUGACAGUGAAAUUAAUUUUCCACAGAAAACCAAGAAAGCAAAAUUAAAGGAGGAAAAAAUAAACUAUGACAGUAACAAUACAAUAAAAUUCAAUAAUAGUCAUGAUAAAUUGUAUCCAGAUGGAAUUGAUAGUAACAUGUUUGGGAAUGAGUUACAUUUAACAGGAAAAAAGAGAAAAAAGAAACAUAGAAAUAACAUGGUGAAGUCAAUAUUUUAUGAUGGAGAAGAUAAACAUGAUAAAGAACAAAAACUUGUAAUAAAUAAUGCACACAAUUGUAGUUUAAAUGAUGAAUCAAAAUUAACAGAGAAAGGUAAUACAGAAUCUUCUGAAAUUCAAUAUAGUAAUGAUAAAUUAUAUCCAAAUGAAAUUAAUAUGUCUGUGAAUGAGAUACAUUUAACAGGAAAAAAGAGAAAAAAGAAACAUAGAAAUAAUAUGGAGAAGUCAACAUUUUAUGAUGGAGAAGAUAAACAUGAUAAAGAACAAAAAUUUGUAAUAAAUAAUGGACACGAUUGUAGUUUAAAUGAUGAAUCAAAAUUAACAGAGAAAAGUAACACAGAAUCUUCUGAAGUUCAAUAUAGUGAUGAUAAAUUAUAUCUAAAUGAAAUUAAUAUGUCUGUGAAUGGACAUUUAACAGGAAAAAAGAGAAAAAAGAAACAUAUAAAUAAUUUAGAUAAGGCAAUAGUUUAUGAUGGAGAAGAUAAAAAUAUUAAAGAACAAAAAUUUGUAACUCAUAAUGAACACAAUUGUAGUUUAACUGAUGAUGAAUCAAAAUUAACAGAGAAAAGUAAUACAGAAAUUUCAGAACUUCAUGAUGAAGUUGUUAUAAAAAGUAAAACAAAGAGAAAAAUAGGGAAAAAGAAUGGCUUAGAUCAAGAUCAUAAUAGUGAACAAAUUGAGAACUUAUUAAACACAGAAAUCCUGAAUUUAUUAAAAAAUGAUUGUGACAGAAAAAAGAAAAAGAAGAAACACAAAAAGAUGUUAGAAUCAUUUACAACUCUUGAUACCAGCAAAUCUGAAACUGAAUUAGCAUUUGAAAAUGUUAAUUCAUUAUCAAUAGGCAGGACAAGUAAAAGUUUCAAAAAUAAAGCAAAGGAGAGUGAAAGUACAAAAUAUUGCAUUGCAGAUUCUGGAUUGGGUACUAACAGUAACUCUGAAAGUGAUUCGACAGGAAAAACAAAAAAGAAAAAAAUGAAGCACAAGAAAAACAAAACGAAUGUUGGAAAUCAUAAUUUAUCUGAUAAAGAAUCAGGUUUCCAAGAUAACGAACAAUGUAUUAAUAAUGAUGUCACAUUAGAUGAUAAUACAGUUAAUGGCUCAAACCUAAAAAUUUCAUCAGUUAACAAGUCAUCUGCAACUAAUGGAGACGUAUUAAAUAGUAAUAAGAGUACUUUAAAUAGUAAUUAUGAUAUUGAUAGUGAUUAUUUUGAAGAAGAAGAUGACGGUUCAGAUAGUUAUAGUUUUAAUAAAUCUGUUAUUGAAGGAAGUUUUAAAUUGCAUGAAAAGGAAAGGAGCUCUGUGCAAGACUUGAAAGAUCUCAGUAUUGAAAUAGAUUUUGAAGUUCCUCCUUUGCACUCUAUCGUUGAUAGAUCUUCCAGGCCAACUCCGUCUCAAAAAGCACAAAUAGCUCAUUUAAAUCUAACUAUUAAAGCAGGAAAAUAUACUAAAAGUGAGGAUGAUCAGAUUAGGGCAAACUGGGAAAAGUUUUGUGAGGUAUAUGAAUUUUGUGAUAAUCCAGAACUGUUUUUUGUGAUGGAUAAAACGGUUAUUAAUAAGCAUCAGAAGCAAAAUUUUCUUAAAUUUUUAGCACAAAAUUUGCCUGAGAGAACCACUAGUAGUGUUUAUGCAAGGUUCAAGAGGCUUUACUUGGCUGAAAAGAAAAAAACUGGAAGGUUCUCCAUAGAAGAAGAUGAAUACAUAGUAAAAAGAGUAGAAGAAUUGAACUACCAAAGAAACUAUGUCUGCAAAAUAGCGAAGGAGUUGAAUAGGCCUUAUUUUUCGGUACACAGUAGACUUCAGGUACUUAAACAGACACACACUAGGAAGAUUCGAUGGGGCAGGCAAAACCUUGCUGCAUUUAUACAGAAUUUAAUGAAAAUAACGAAAGUACGAGACUAUCGGGAGUUGAAGAAUCGUCACAUCACGGUGAAAGAGUUUAAGAAACUUUCAAAAAAGCUAGAUAACCUCCCUGUACGAAUUUUGAAGCCGGCCUGGCUUGGUAAUAUUCAUUCAAGAUUAUUUAUACCUGGCGAGGUGUGUGAACUACCGCUACUCAAAUGUAAACUCAUCCAAAUGUUGUGCAAGAAUAAUGAGAAAGAUUGGAGACUUGUCAAUUGGUCAGAAUAUGCUAAACAUUUUGAUGGCUUCACGUCACAUAAAGUGUACGCUCUCUUUAAGUCUUUAACGGAUGUGCUUCCCGAAUAUAAGAGAUCAAAUCUUGAAGCUUGCUUAGAAAUUUUAUCGGAAAUGAAACCGGACAAAAUGAAGAGUACCGCCAUUUAUAAAGUUUUGUAUGAAAAUGGAAAGGUCAUCGACCUGCGAAAAAAAUAUGUCAAAAAAGAGAGAAAAGAUACAAUCAAGAACAGCGAAGAAGAAAGUACAUCUGAUUUUUAUGAAACCGUUUUAAGGAACAAGUUCCUAAAUUAUAGUUUUCCAGAAGAAGAACGCUCAGAUAAAAUUAAACUUGAAGAGGUAGACAUUAAAUCUGAAAACGAAUGUGAUAUUCCUGAACUGUAGUAAUACUAGUUCUUUUGCAUGCAAACUCAAAAUAUUAUUUUAUUUGAUUUUGAGCCUUUUUUUGAUAAAUUGAGACGAAGUUAUUUUUAUAUUUGUAUAAAAAUAUUUUAGAACUUGUUAUCUCUUUUUAUUGUGUUAACUGCAUAAUUUAAUAUGCAGUGUAUUUUUUAAUAAAGGUUGUUUAAACAGAGCUUUUUUUGAUUG